CGAGGGGGGACGGGCCGAGGACCAGGCGGAGGGCGGCCCUCAGGGCGGGGUGUAGGGCAUCCCUGUGAGCGGAGCGUGGGGGUCGGCUUGGGAACAGCGGAGCGUGCCGCGGAUGCCCUCAGUUUAAUUGUGAAAGAUACCUUCCUAGCAAAAGGCUCGGCUGCUCUGGACAAGCUGGAGGACCUCUGUAACGAAGGGAAAGAGCCUCCUUCUGCUCUUUUUCAGCUCUAUACCCAGGCUGUCCUAGACAUAACGUAUUUUGAGGAAAACCAGCUUGUGGAUGAAGAUUUUCCAGAAGAAACUUCCUUGCAAAAACUUAAAGAACUUAUUUGUAUUCUUUCAGAACCAGAAGAUCUAGUGAGGGAAUGCAACAUAGACGAAGAACCCAUUAACAUCCUUGGUGCAGAACUGUUAGAAUGUCUUUACUGGAGGAAAGGAGCCCUGCUUUACAUGUACUGUCAUACAGCAAAAGAAAGGAGAGAAUGGCUAAAAGGAAACAUUGCCACGUUUAAAAAGUGUCUUAAUGAUGGAGUUCAUUACUUGAUGAAGAUGCUUAGCUUUAGAUGCCCUCUUCAGCUAAAUGAAGAUGUCUUACUUCAAGAUAAAGACACAGCUAGAUUACUCAGUGAAGGUGUAUUUAGUGACACACACUUACUGGCAAUGAUGUAUGGUGGAGAAAUGUGCUACUGGGGACUGAAACACGGGGGAAAAGGGAAGCAGGAAAGCCCUGAGUCAGUAGAUCCUGUGUGCAACAGCAACCUGGGCAGCGGAACACAGAGCGUGUGGCUGGACUUCCAAGAAACAGGGAAAAACAUGUUAACGAAGUAUGUGACCAUAUGUGAGGGACCUUUAAAAGGCCAAGGGUGGAACACAACGACGGCAAAAAAAAUGUUGCGUGACUUUGUGAAAUCCCACAGCUAAGAUCCACUGCCGGAAGAAAACCCAUGUCCUCGGAGCACAACUGAGGAGUUUUGCCUCUGCUUCCGUGUCUGAUUUUAUUUUUUUUUUUAAUCGAAAUGUAUACUUCUGCUGCAUUAAAAAAAAAACAAACACACGCACACUCUCAAAGAACUCCUGGAAUACCAAGGUCUGAAAUUUAAUCAAGUAUUUCUGAGGGGGAAGCGGGGGGGUUGGGGGAGGAGGGAAGAGAGGGGGAAAACCCCAACAAAACAAAAAACCCCACACACGCAAACAAGCUGCCGAAGUAACCAGCCCUCGGGGCAGGAUGGCGGCGCCUCCUCGGCGGGUGCCAAAGUCCGCGGCGCCGGCGCGCUGCGGUGUGAGGGGCGGUGGCGGCGCCAUGGCUGCUGAGGGAGGAGAGGAGCGGGGAGGAGGCUUGGAAGCGGCUGUGAGGGGUGGGCUGCGUGUCCUCCGGGAGCGC